AAAAUAACUUUUUAUUUACCUCCAAGAUACCAUAAUCAUUAUCCACCACAUUUUCUUAAUAAUUAUUAUUAAGCUCUAUAAUUCUGUAAAAAACCCAUUUAAAUACAAAAGCCGAUUUCUUCCAAUCUCAAGUUAGAGUUUUUUCUCCAUUUUGUUUGCAUUCUAUAUAGUAUCGUCACACAAAGGUUUCGUCUUGUCACUUUACUUUGUUUGCCCCCCUUUGGUUUUUUGUGCUUCCCUUCUCUUUUUUUUUUGUUUGACGACCUGAGGGAAUACCUUGAUUUGUAGAUUUUUAUCCAUUAAUGGAAGAUAAUCAGCGAAGCAGAUUCAGAAAAAUCUGUGUCUUUUGCGGAAGCCACUCUGGUCACAGAGAAGUUUUCAGUGAUGCUGCCAUCGAACUCGGCAAUGAACUCGUUUGCUCUCUAUCUCUCUUCUCUUCUUCUUUUGAUUGCUUCUUGUUUGGUUUUGUGAUAAAAAUAUGAACUUUUCUUCAAAUCAAUACAGAUAUCACCUUCGCUCGGUUUUUGAAUGUCAAAAUACGAACUUUUUAGUUUACUUGUUCAUUUCAAACAAUGGGUUUGGUGGAUUUUAUUUGUGCUUGCGUCUAUUGUAAGCUUUUGUGGUAUUUGGGGUUUGUUGACUCUUUAAAUCUAGGCAUGUUGUCAUUUGACAAAACUGUGAAAUUUCUUCAAGUGUUGAAAUGGGUCUUCCUCUGUUUUUUUAAAUGUGUUAUCUUUGAUUGUGUGAUUUUUGGAAUGUGUAGGUGAAGAGGAAGAUAGAUUUGGUUUAUGGAGGAGGAAGUGUUGGAUUGAUGGGUUUGAUAUCCAGGAGAGUCUAUGAAGGUGGUUUACAUGUACUUGGAAUCAUUCCCAAAGCUUUGAUGCCAAUUGAGAUAUCUGGUGAGACUGUGGGAGAUGUAAGAGUUGUUGCAGACAUGCAUGAGCGAAAGGCUGCAAUGGCACAGGAAGCUGAGGCCUUCAUUGCACUCCCUGGAGGUUAUGGAACAAUGGAGGAGCUGUUGGAGAUGAUAACAUGGUCACAACUUGGUAUCCAUAAGAAGACGGUUGGUCUAUUGAAUGUUGAUGGGUACUAUAACAAUUUGCUUGCUUUAUUUGAUACCGGUGUCGAAGAAGGUUUUAUCAAGCCAGGUGCACGUAACAUUGUGGUUUCUGCUCCAACAGCCAAAGAGCUUAUGGAGAAGAUGGAGGAAUAUACUCCUUCACACAUGCAUGUUGCAUCGCACGAAAGCUGGAAAGUUGAAGAACUCGGAGAUUACCCGGGACAAGAAAACAAGCCGCAAUAAAAGCAAUUAUUAUUGUUUAGCAUAAGCUAUUUCCAUUUCAAGUUUAGUCUCUAAAUUAUUUGCAGAAUCCACAAUGUGUAUAAGAAAACUCAAAUCUUGUUGCAAUAUGAAACAGCACAUUGGGUCCCCAACAUGAAAAUGUUGCUGAUUAUGUUAGUUAAGUUUGGUAUUUUG